AUGAGAACGGUGCUACAGAGAGUCAAGUCAGCCUCAGUCACGGUCGAUGGCAAGCUCGUCUCUUCCAUUGGCAAGGGAAUCCUGGUGCUUGCUGCCAUCUCCAGAGAUGACACCGAGAAAGAUAUUGAAUCCAUGGCCAGCAAGAUCUUCAAGGCAAAGCUCUGGGACGAUGAAUCCACGGAGCCGCAUGGUAGGUGGAAACACAACAUCAAAGAUAUCAAUGGCGAGAUUCUCUGUGUCUCACAGUUUACACUCCAUGCCUCUCUGAAGAAAGGGAACAAGCCAGACUUUCAUCAGAGCGCAAGUGGGGAGAAAGCCAAAACACUUUACCAAUCCUUUUACAAGAAAAUGGGGGAUCUGUAUGAAACAGAAAAGAUCAAAGAUGGUGUCUUCGCUGCCAUGAUGGAUGUUGCUCUAGUCAACGAUGGGCCGGUCACCAUUCAGAUGGACACUAAUCCGCCCAAGAUCGAAGAUCCAGCAGCGCUUGGCACCACCGCCUCGUUAUCAUAA